UCUCCAAAUUCCCCGCCCACCCUCCCCCUUGUUCACUUGACUGCUCCUAGUCCCUCUCUAAUACUGCUAAUUUCAAAUCAUAACAUUCAUUACAUACACACUAUUACUCUGCUAUCUAUAUACAUACAUACUUACAUACGGAGAACAAGUAACACAGCGCACGAGAGGGAAAGAUGAAGAAGAUGAGUUUUGAAGGAGUUUCUGCUUCUGCUUGUGAAGUGAUUUCCGUCAUUGUACUCUCCACAUUGCUCAUUGUACUCUCCACAUUGCUCAUGCUUUCCGUGCUUUUCUCCGCCGUUUUUCACAGUUCGUCGCCGUCACCGUCGUCGUUUUUGUCAGGUGUCCGAUCCGAGUUCAGAGUUCCGGUCGUCGCGCUUCAGACGAAUUUACUGGAUCAUCAACAUGCUCCGGCUGCUGUAGUUUCUACCGAUUUCAAUUCUGCACUUUCGUCUCCUCAUAAUCACACCGUCAUUAGAGAAGAAGAUCGAGUGGAACAAGGACUGGCUCGAGCUCGAGCUUCCAUUCGGACUGCUGCUGCUUCGACUCGUAAUCUCUCAACUGUACUCGGCAGUGAUUAUAUUUACCGUAAUCCUGGUGCAUUUUAUCAAAGUUAUCUAGAGAUGGAGAGGAGGCUGAAGGUGUACGUAUACGAAGAAGGGGAACUGCCAAUUGUACAUGACGGGCCUUGUAAAGAUAUAUACACAACAGAAGGCAGAUUCAUACAAGAAAUUGAGCAGGGGAAGAAGAGCAAGUUCAGAACAAGAGACCCUAACUUAGCUCACCUUUUCUUCAUGCCCUUUAGUGUAACUUGGAUGGUGAAAUACCUUUACACACCUAAAUCUUAUAAUCUCAAACCACUUCAGGACUUUGUUUCUGAUUACAUCAGAGUUGUCUCCACGAAGCACCCUUUUUGGAAUAGAACUCAGGGAGCUGAUCACUUUAUGCUCUCGUGUCAUGACUGGGGGCCCCAUGCCUCAAGAGGCAAUCCUCUUCUCUACAACACAUCAAUCAGAGUCUUGUGCAAUGCUAACUCCUCUGAGGGUUUCAACCCACAAAAGGAUGUCUCCCUCCCCGAAAUCCACCUUUUCGACGGCACCAUUCCAGCUAAGCUCCUCACACCUCGACCAACUUCCCCGCCUCAAUAUCUGGCCUUCUUUGCUGGAGGGAACCACGGGCCCAUCCGCCCCAUUCUCCUCAAUCACUGGAAAAAUCGGGACACCACCCUCCCCGUCUUCGAGUACCUUCCUAAAGGCCUAGAUUACUACUCUUUCAUGCUUACCUCCAAGUUCUGUCUAUGUCCUAGUGGUCAUGAAGUGGCUAGUCCAAGAAUUGUUGAGGCAAUUUACGCUGAAUGUGUGCCAGUAAUAUUGUCGAAAAACUAUGUGUUGCCAUUUAGUGAUGUAUUGAGGUGGGAGGCCUUUUCUUUAGAGAUUCCCGUUUCAGAUAUUCCGAGGUUGAAAGAGAUUUUGAGUGAGGUUCCUGAGGACAAAUAUGUGAAGCUGAAAGAAGGGUUAAGACAAGUGAGGAAACACUUCGUGUUGAACAGUCCCGCUACGAGAUUCGAUGUGUUUCAUAUGGUUUUGCACUCCGUUUGGCUAAGGAGGAUAAAUCUUAGAGUUGAUCAAGAUGCUACAUACCCGUAAGCCGUAAAUGUAUAAACCUAAGUUUAAGAAAAUAUACAAAAUCUUACCAACAGAUAUAUAUAUAUUCUCCAAGUGCUGGUGACAUGUUUGUAUAUUAA